AAGAGAAAUUUUGAAGGGAUCGGAGGAGGGGCGGCCCUGAAACUAUGGAGGAAAUAUCGGUCAUCAGAUUCACCGGCCGCCGGAAUAUUACCCGGCAUUUCCUCCUCGUAGUGCUCGCCGCAAUUUCCCUCUUCCCGCCGCCGGCUUCCCCGCAGCCCUUCGAUUACGCCGACGCCUUGUCCAAAAGCCUUCUGUAUUUCGAAGCCCAGCGGUCCGGCCGGCUUCCGUACAACCAGAGGGUGACGUGGCGCCACCAUUCCGGCCUCACCGACGGGCUCGAACAAGGGGUGGAUUUGGUGGGAGGAUAUUAUGACGCCGGCGAUAACGUCAAGUUCGGGCUGCCGAUGGCGUUUACCGUUACAAUGUUGUCGUGGGGGGUGAUAGAAUUCCGGCAAGAAAUCGCCGCCGCCGGCGAGCUCCGGCACGCCAUGGAAGCUAUCAAAUGGGGCACCGAUUAUUUCAUUAAAGCUCAUACGCAUCCUCAUGUCCUCUGGGCUCAGGUGGGCGACGGCGACACCGACCACCUGUGCUGGCAGCGGCCGGAGGAUAUGACGACGUCCCGCCGUGCUUACAAGGUGGACGAGAAGAAUCCCGGCACCGAAGUGGCGGCGGAGACGGCGGCGGCCAUGGCCGCGGCGGCGAUCGUGUUUAGUAAAACAAACCCACAUUAUUCCCACCUUCUCUUGGACCAUGCGCAACAGCUAUUCGAAUUUGGGGACAAAUUCAGAGGUAAAUACGACGAGAGCAUAGAAGGGGCGAAGGGUUAUUACACGUCGGUGAGUGGAUAUUACGACGAACUCCUUUGGGCAGCACUGUGGCUCUACAAAGCCACCGACAACCAGAGAUACCUAAAUUACGCCAUUGAUAACGCCAUGUCCUUUGGUGGGAUCACCUGGCCCAUCUCUGAAUUCAGCUGGGAUGUUAAAUAUGCUGGCCUCCAAAUUAUUGCAUCCAUGCUGCCGACGGCCGGGCUGACCCGACAUCAGAAGCGGAUCCUGGAGCAGUACGGGUCGAAAGGGGAGUACUACGUCUGUGCCUGUCUGAACCUGAACGGCGGCGCCGCCAAUUCCAGCAACGUGCAGCGCACGCGCGGCGGGCUGCUGUACACGCGCCAAUGGAACAACAUGCAGUACGUGUCGACGGCGGCGUUCCUGCUGACGGUGUAUUCGGACCACCUCUACCGAACCGGCUGGUCGGCGGUGGACUGCCCGCGGGGAUCGGCCGGUCCGGAGGAGAUCAUGGGGCUGGUCCGGUCGCAGGCGGCUUACAUUCUCGGGUCGAACCCGAUGGGGCUGAGCUACCUGGUCGGGUACGGGUCGGAUUAUCCGAGGAGGGUGCACCAUAGGGGGGCGUCGACGGAGGCGUACAGGGACAGCAAGGUGUUCGUCGGGUGCACGCAGGGGUAUGACCACUGGUUCGGGCGGCCCGACCCGAACCCGAAUGUGCUGGUCGGGUCGCUGGUGGGCGGUCCGGACAGCGAGGACCGGUUCGAGGAUACGAGGGGGAAUUUUGUGCAGACUGAGGCUUGCACUUACAAUACGGCGCCGUUGGUCGGAGUUUUUGCCAAAUUGAAUACUCUUGAUUCUGCUGCCACUCGCCCAUUUAUUUCUUCCCUAUAAUAAUAAUUAUUAUAUAAUAUAUAUACGCAUUUGUAUACAGCCAUUAUUUUAUUAUACUAUAUGUUUUGGGGGAUUAUUUUUGUUAUUUAAUUAGGUCAUUGUUUUUGUGUGUUUGUUGUAUAGAGCAUAUGAUAUGGCCAAAGGGCAUGCAAAUGUAUUUAUUUUGCAUAUAUAUAUAUAUGGAAGAAAUGAAAGCACAUUUUGAUGGUGAAGAAAUUG